GAACCCCUCGAGCCCUGUGCGGGCCGCGUAAGCAGCGACAGAGUGAGCCUGCAAGCCCCUAAGCCUCGGUCCGAGCGCUUGGGCAGCCGUUUCUCGCGUGCGAGUGGCCGUGCGAUACUCCCUUGGACCCGUGCUGCACGACGCGUCGGGCCAGCAUUCACCAUGCGCCAGCUCCUCAUGGACAAGUUCGCACGGCUGCAAACCGACGAUGGCACGCCAUCACCACCAAUGAAACGGUCCCGCCUGUCGUCGCGCCUGGAGACGCUGCCGCCGGAGCUGCUGCGACACACGACCACAUAUGUCGCCGGCGACACCGGACUCGUCGAGCUCCACGCGUGCGCGCCGGGCCUGCGGGACGCGCUCGCGGCGCUGGAGGUCUGGCGCGACGACGAACGAUAUGCCCCGGCACUUUUCUGGCGCGCUCGUGCGUGGAUGAUGCGUCCGCGCAAGCUGUUUGUGUUUCUGGAGUCGAUGCUGCGGCGAAACGAGACGAGCGCGCUGCAUAACCUGGUCGAGAUGGGUUGCGGGCUGCGGUCGCUGGUCGAAUUGCAUAUCAGCUCGGAGCGGUGGGGCCAGUCGUGGCGAGACGACGUGACCACGCGCCGCGAUGUGUUCUUGUCGUUCUAUUUGAACAAGGCCGCCGUCAGCGAGUUCCACGAUUGGCGCACAUACUCGGGUCGCGACUAUCCGAAAGAUGCCGCCGACCGGGUCAGGCCGGCGCUGCAUUGCCUCGGCAUGGGCGGGCACGAUCUACUCGCUGCGGUCGUCGAGGUCACGCCAUCCUGGCACAAGCGAUGGAUAGGCGACAUCAAGGAGUACGAAGCCACGUUGCGCUGGUUUACGUACGACCCGGAGGUUCACGAUGACGACGAAAAUUUGGACCAGACCCCUGAGGGAUAUGCGUGGAUUUUUCUUCCGGAGGCCGUGGCCAUUAUGAGCGGGGUUGCGCACCUGGUCGCGUGGCAGGAUCCUGCGAUGGGCCCGCUGACGACUCUCAUUGACAUUCCCGAGCACCUGCAAAUCGCGAGUUCGAGCGACGGCGUGUGUACUGAAGAUGAGGCUACCGACGAAUCGAGCCUGAGGCUCCUCGCGAAUCUGCUAAGCCUGCAGUAUUACGGCGUUCUGGCACUCGCAGAGACGGGGUGGGAAAAUCCCGACGAGGAAGUCAUGGAUAUGAGGCCACUCGCGGAUGCGCUCCGCUAUUUCCAUCGGCGGAUCGGUUCCUUCCACGUUGCGCGGUUGAUCCGCGACAUCGUCGAAUCCUGGGGAAAUUAUGAUUGGGGCCCGGUUCCGCGGCUCAUGCUCCUCGCCCACAUGCGUGUCAAAGACCCGCAGAUAUCGGCGGCGAUCCGCGGCAAGCACUGCAACCCCUACUCCGGACGAUUUUCUGAUAUUAAUCCACGAGGCGACUUCGACAGGUUCGUACGCGAUCUCCACGGCGAGCUUGGCCUCAUUCGUCCAGAAUAA